AAGUAUUAUUUGGACAUAUAACUCUUUUCCGUGUGACAAAUUAUAGUUAUUAAAGUUUUAAUACUCUGGGCUCGCAUUGUGUAAUUGAGUUUAAGAGGUACGCACGCGCAGGUCACACAUAUACAGAUAAAUAAACAUGACAACAUACAUUCUCAGCUUUUUAUGUUUCUCAUAUGUUUUUCAUCAAUACAAAGCAUUGGGAUCAGCGCAUGUAUCACAAGAAAGGGCGUUGGUAGACUACUACGAUCCGGCGUAUGUGGGGAACCCCCAAGCCUUCACCUUCAGGGCAAAGAGAGGGGAUCUAUACAAGUCAAAUGUAACUAUCACUACCUUCCAUGAAUGGGGAAAUAAUAUUUCAGUGGCCAUAAGUUACAAAGGAAAACUUUACGGGACCGAUAUAUACAUGAAAGAAAAGGCUUGUGACGCAUUGAAAACAGAUUGGGUGAACGAGGUUUUCUCAAAAUACAUGCAUAGGAAACUGGCAUGUCCUAUACCACCCGGGAUUUACGGCGUUUACAACUUCGAGCUCCCUCCGAAGAACUUUCCUUUCCCAAUUCCGAAAGGAGAAGGUGUCAUCACCACAACACUACUGAAGGAUGGGAAGAAGAAGGUUUUACACAUUCUCAUCAAAGUGAAAAUUUUAUAAAAUGUAAAAAGUUGCUUUAAAAUAUUUCAUUUAUUA